AUGUUCUGUCCCCACCACCUGCAGGGCCCCGCGGAUCAAGUCUGGACUCGCUCCGGACUCAUUUGUACCUGUAUCUGGACCUGUAUCUGGACUUGCUCCUUCACAACAGCAAAAAUGAAAAUCGCUUCGUUCAACAUUCAGAAGUUUGGUCGUAACAAAGCGUCCGAUCCAACCGUCAUGGGGAUCCUGGCAAAGAUUGUCUCACGUUACGACAUCAUCCUGAUCCUGGAGGUGGUGGACAUCAGUGGGACCUCCAUCAAAACUCUGCUCGAGGCCAUCAACAAGGCAAACAGGAAGCAUCACUACACCCUCCAGAUCAGCAGCCGACUGGGACGGUCCCGCUACAAGGAGCAGUUCAUGUUCCUCUACAGGGAUGACUUGGUGAAUUUAAUGGACUCUUAUCAGUUCGAGGACUCAAAGACGUUGAACCAAGACGUCUUUUCCCGAGAUCCGUACAUCCUGAGGUUCAAAUGUCAUACGACCGAGCUGCAGGACCUGGUGCUGAUCCCGGUCCACACCACUCCAGAGGAUUCUGACGUCGAACUGGACAAACUCUACGACGUCUUCAUGGACAUAAAGAAAAAGUGGAAAACGGAUAACGUGAUGAUCCUUGGAGACUUUAACGCAGACGGUUCGUACGUGUCUAAGAAAGAGAUGAAGACGAUUCGUAUCCGCAGCGACAAGAACUUCCACUGGUUAAUCUCAGACGACCAAGACACCACAGCCAGCAAGAAGAACAGCAACACCUACGACAGAAUUGUAAUUUAUGGCAAUGACAUGUUGGAAGCUGUUGUUCCUGGAUCGGCAAAACCAUUCAACUUUCAGAGAGCUUACGGACUCUCCGACGAACUGGCGUUGGACGUGAGCGAUCAUUAUCCAGUCGAGGUCACACUCAAAUCCAAGGUCCCAGAUGACGAGGAUGGGGGGUUGGAUGAGGACCAGCUGCAGCGUGCUCUAGUGCCCGCUCCCUCCACGGUGACAGUGGGCGAAGAGGUCCUGGCUCUGCAGAAAGAAAACCUGCUUCUGGAGAGGGAAAAGCUAAACCUGGAGAUCCAAAUGCUCAAGAUGCAGAUGGAGAAACUCAAAUAA